UGAUUGGUCUAACGUCUGACCAAUCAGAGCGCGGUGUCUGUCUGUAAACAAAAGAUUUCGUCAGUGUUUUCCAAGAGCGCUUUCGUCAGUGUUUUCCCAUAUGCUUCAAAGGGCGAGCAACCUUUAUAUUUUGGUCCAGAAACAAACAAACAAACAAAGUUUGGACACAGACAUUUACAAGGAACAGCAAUGUCAAGGCAAAAACUUAUAACUCAGGAGGAAAGUCUGCACGACUCAUGGGUGGAGCUCCACUUUGAUUCAUGUAGUGAACACAGUGAGGACAUACCAUCCCUGUCUGAUAUCACAGACCUUGAGAAAAUGCUUCUGGAAGCACAGCGGGAAUCCAGCAGCAGUUCACGGACAAGCUCUCACUGCAGCAGUCCUCGACAUGUCCAGACACCUCCACUUAUCAGUGCAGCCUCCUUCAACACACAGCCUCCAUCAACACACGCCAAUCCACAGGGGGAGGUUGUAUCAGAGAGCAAACAGGAAGUUGAGACUGUCGCAAGAAUCUGUGACUGGUCCAGCCGGCCAGAGAAUGUACCACCACCAGCACUGAUUAUUAAACGACCAAAGCGGAACAGAUUGUACGGCAGAAACUCAGGCAAAAACGACAAAGAAACGAACACAAACUUGCUGAAGUUACUGUUACCCUCUCUAGUUUUGACACACAUCCUCAUGCUUGGGUUGGGGAUCUGUAUUGGACGGCAACUUUCCACUCAAUGCUCUGUUAUCUGAGUCAUAGCAGAUGAAUGCGUGUGUAUGUUGUGUGUCAGUGUCACUCUGGGAUAGUCUCUAGAAAAUCCCUACAGCCAUUUGCUGGAACACUUUUGUUUUUCUCCUGAAGAAAUGCAGUACUAUGUAAGUAAGAGGACACUGUGAAAAUAAGAUUAGAGACAAAAACUCUCAGCAUUGUUUUUUUUUUUUUUUUUUUUUUUCUUUGGUUCUCCUGCGGGAUUUUGGCACAGAAUUAAUAAAGAUGAAUCCAGUUGUGUAUGGAUAUCAGGAAAUAUGUCUAAUAGAUUUCUGAUUUUUGCUUGAAAUUAAAAAUAUUUGUUUUUUUUUUUGACUAUUGUUUUACUUACCAGGUCAAAUUGUAGUCCUUCAGCUGACCUGCUUUUUUGACAGCAUUCCGAAUCAUUAUUUUUUAAUAAUGCAAAUGUAUGUUUGAGAGAAAAUUCAGAGCCAUAUAAAUGCAUAUUCUGACAUAUAUUCGAAUGUGACAUGCUAUGGAAAAAUAAUAAACUACUGCAAAAAUUAUAA